GACAAUAUGAAAUACCUUAUUGUGUCUUCCAUCCUAGUGAUUUUCCUCCUAACUUCAUCCUUGGCCCUGACGACCAUCAGUGACAGCCAUCCUCUGGAUGGGUCUGUGGGGACCCAGAGCAUCCAUGUCAGUGCCGUCCGAGGUAUGGUCAGCAUCCGAGACAACAAUGUUUUGAGUGAAUGGGAUGGACUCGUGGACUACAAGAAUGAUCUCUUGGUGGCUAAGAUAUAUAGCAAGAUGGCUUGUGUCUUGGCCAAGAUGGACCAAGCUGUCUUCCCAACUUUGGAUGACAUUAGCAAGGCCCUGGACCCCCAGGGUUCAAAGCAUUAUCCAUCCACUCGUGGCCUGACCUACACUGUUUUACCCAACCGGGUCAAGAACUUAGCACAGUAUGGAAUGCCCAUCAAGGACAUGUGCCGAGAGGUCCCUACCUACUUUGCCCAGCAGCGGAAAGAAGGUACCGCGCUGUCAGUGGACCCUGAUUCAUGUUUUGAAGUCCAACUUCUGUACUUUAUGGGCCUCUCCAUCUGCGGGGAGAUCCCUGGGCUCUGACCCUCCAGGUCCGCCAUGUGGAGAA